AUGGCGUCCGAGAUGGACAAGCUAACUAUGGCUAUGAGUGAGUUAGCUCGUACUCAAACUGAGGCAAGCAACCAUUCAAAGAGGAUAGAGGCACGCCUAGAUGCUAUGGCCGACAUAAUCAACAAGAGACUCAAUCCCAAUAGUGCGUCAUAUAUAGGCAUACAUUCGGGGGAUGAAGGGGAUGAAGGUGAUUCAAGACCACCCAAGAACGCCUAUCCAGAUGAUAAAGGAUUGAAGCUUGAGGAUUACAUUGGUGAAGGCAAGCCUGAGGACUUGUUGGAGUGGAUUCGCCAACUAGAGAAAGUAAGUGAGUAUCGGGGCUUUGAUGAUCGAAAGAAGUUCAAAGUUGCUGCCAUAAGACUCACGAAAUAUGCUGGGAUUUGGCUUGAAGGAUUGCACGCACAAAGAGCCAAGAAAAACAAACCCAAGCUAUGUAGUUGGGAGAAGUUGAAGGGGAAGCUUAAAGAUAAGUUUUUGCCGGAUGAUUAUGAACAAAGGCAGUUCAUAAGGCUUACAUCAAUAAGCCAAGGUAGCCUAAGUGUACAUGAAUACACUAUGGAGUUUGAGAAGCUAGGCCUUAUAUGUAAUAUAGAGGAGAAAGAGAAGCACAAAACAGCAAGGUACAUUAAAGGGUUGAAUAGAAACAUAGCUAAGAGAGUUGAAGUUUCUUCUUACCAUACUUUCGAGGAUGUGACUAAGUUAGCUAUGAAGUUUGAAGAGCAUGACAAGGAAGAGAAACCUAAGGGAACAUACACACCUAGGUAUGACCCUAAUUCAAAAGGAAAAGCUACUACUUCCUACACAAGGUGGUCCGAAAACCCUAAACCUAGCAUUACACCUAAGGAAGACACUACUAUGGAAAAACCUAAAGUGGCCGUGCCUAAGGAGAAGUUUGAGGAAUUGAGAAAAUGCUUCAAGUGUCAAGGAAGAGGACACAUAGCAAGCAGUUGUCCUACCAAGAAAGCCCUUACCAUGAGGCAAUACUUAGACUUGCGAGAAGAAGAAGAGAAGUAUGAGUUCAUCCCUGAAGAGGAGCAAAGCAUGGGAGAAGAUGAUGAAGAAGAGGAUGCUUUUGCAGAAGAUGAUUCAAGGCUUAUUGGAGUGGUUAGGCGCACCUUACAUGUGGAUCACGCACCUAACAUGGCACAAAGGGAGAAUCUUUUCCAUACUAGAUGCAAAGUAGGUGAGUAUACUUGUAAUGUAAUAAUAGAUAGUGGUUCUUGCACUAAUGUUAUUGCAGCUGAAGUGGUGUCUAAACUCAAUCUCAUCACAAGGGCACACCCUACACCCUACAAGUUGAGUUGGUUGGAUGAUAGCACUGGCAUGAGAGUGAAGAAACAAGCACUUAUUUCAUUCUCUAUUGGAAGCUAUAAAGAUGAGCUAUGGGUUAGAUUACAUCCUCUAAACCCUACCCAAGUGGCGCCUAAACAACUACCUAAGACACCAAGUUACUUCCUAAAUGCAAAAGAAUUCGAGCAUGAAGUAGAGGAAGAAGGUUAUGCUUAUGCUUUGGUGGUGAGGCAAGUGACUACAAGUAUCAAGGUAAAUAACAAUGAUCAACUUGAAACUUUGAUGCAUGAAUUCAAGGAUGUUUUUCCGUAG